GCAAGAAGAAAUAAGCCUUAGUUCCUCCUCAUGUUAUAACCAUACGAUGUCAUCGCUUUCUUCGUUGCCCGACGAUGUUGUUUUGAAAUGCUUAGUCCGCGUCCCGAGACGCUAUUAUCAAAACAUCUCUUGCGUCUCCAAAAGGCUCAGGUCCCUAGUGCGCUCGCCUGAGCUCCACCGAUUGCGAUCUCUCUUCCACAAGAAUUCCAUCUAUCUCUACUGCCUCGAGACGAUGAAGUUUAACUGGUUCACUCUCUCUCGGAGUGAGAAGAAGACUGCGAUUGAGUAUCAAUUAGUCCGCUAAUUACAUUCCCUUCUUCCCACUCAAUGUUAUCUUCUACCAACGUGGUGGUGGGAUCAAAGAUCUAUUCCAUUAUUGGCAGAUCCGCAAAACCUUGCUCAGAUUUAUGGAUCCUCGAUACUCGAACUGGAAAGCUAACCAAUGGACCAAGCAUGAAGGUUCCCUUCCCGCGUGAAGCAGCUGUUUGAUUGGUCGAAGGGAAGAUAUACGUGACGGGACUAGGUCAAGGAGAGAACCAAAUUCAAGUGUUUGAUCCCGAAUCGCAAAAAUGGACAUUCGCGUCGGAGGAGAAAGUGCGAUCGCUGGAGGAGAAAGUUUUUAUAAUGGAUAAUGAGAGUAGACGCUAUUUCUAUAAUGUGAGAGAAGGUAGGUUAAAGGGGACUAUGUGGAUGGAAAGUGAUAGAAUAAGCUCUCUGUGUGUUGUAGACGGUGUGCUCUAUGGUUAUUUUAGGUGGGGUAAUUACCGUGAAUUAAUGUGGGCUGAUACAAAGCUCAAUGCAUGGAGAAGAUUGAACACUCGUGAUGGGAAGACACUUGAAGAAGACGUAUCUUAUACCAUUGCAAUGUCGGGAUACAAUGGGAAGCUAGCGGUUUUUUGGUCAGUGAAUGAGUCUGAUUACACGAAGAAGAACAAUGAGGUUAUGUUUAAAUUGAUCGUGUUGGAUAGGGUUGGGGAUGUGAUUUGUGGGACGGUCGAGUGGUCUGGUGUUGUAGGCACAGUUAAAGCAUUUGAUUUUCUGCGUUGCUUAGUUGUUUCUCACUGAUUAGCUCAUAUGAUUUUAUGUGCCGUUCCCUUCUUCUUGCCCCAACAUAACUUUUUAUUUUUAUUUUUUUUGAACAAACUAUUCAAUGC